CUUCGGGCGUAGCCGCCCCGCCCCACACCACCCUGAGGGGACCCUCCGCCGGGUGUUGCAGGCUGAGGGGGAGCCCGGGCCCCCCUCCCUCUUGGGGCGCCGGAGGGAACGGAGGCUGCUCUGCGGGCGGCGGAACGACCCGGGGAGAGGGAGGAGACCAGGCCCCGCGUCGCGAGGGGGAAACGGCUUCUCCGAGUCAUGGCUCCGACGGGGGAAAGAUACUCCUCUUCAACCUCGAUACGGCGGGGGACCCCCAACUUCUCGAGGAGGGCUACGCCCCUUGUCGUGGGCGUACGCUCUUCCCCAGCUCCUAAGAGGCCCCUUCUCCGAAUGCCCUCAUGGAGGCAUUGGCUACAGUGUCCGAAUCUUGGAAAAGAAAGCCCCUUUCUCAAGGUGAAAGGAGUGUUGUGAACUUCUGAGGGACUGAUCGAUAUUGGUGAACCGUUUGAUGUAAAAGACUUGACUCCAUAAUCUUCCAUCUGCCCUAAUGCUGUCAUCCGGAGUAGAGACUCAGCCAGUUCCACUUGAUUCCUCCAUGUCUGCCGUGGUACAGGAAUUAUACUCUGAACUCCCAGUGAGUGUCUCCAAAGAGCUUCAUGCUGACCCUGAGCCAAGUGUGAUUCCAGAUGUAAAACCCGCAGCCUCAAGCUCUCUUAUAAGUCAGAGUAGGGCAGUGCCCUUGGAGCUGCAGAGGACUUGUGCAGAAAGUUGUUGUGAAGAAACUUCUGGCACCUUGGAUCAUGGGGGUGAGCCUGGGCGGUGUGGGCUGGUGGACACCACAGCAGGAGGUUCUGUGGCUUCUGGGAUCUUGGAUAGGGAAGAGAAAACCAAGAGCAUGGAGCUAAAGGUCUUCAGAAAUCAAGGGGACCAGGCGGAAAUUAUAAGAGACCCCUGUGAGGGAGCAAAGGAAGACCCACAUCAACAUUCCACAGCUGCUGAAGAAAAGAUCAGCCCAAGUCAGGAAGACCUCCUGAUGCAGUCAAGCAAAGAACAUUUAUGCACAGGGCUCCCUGAAGACUGUUUGAGGAACAAAGAAGGAAAUGUACAAAUUACAACUGGAACUCUGCUUAUAUCUACUGAAGAAGUACAAGGUAUGAAGGUCAAUGGGACUAAGACGGAUUAUAAUGAAGGACACAAGAAUGGCAAUGUGAGUAAAGGUCUCUCAGCUGGGUGCAGCGAAUACCCAGAAGUAGACAAAACCAUGACCAGUGGUGAGGUUUCAGAAACCAGCACAUUAGUUUCCCUAGAGCCUUUAACCUUUGUGGACCCUGGAUUAACAGAAGCAUCUUCUAAAGAAAAAGAAUGUGAAGAAUUAAAAACUUGUCCUUCUUGGUUGUCAUUAUUACCAGGGAACAGUGCCAUUUCCAAAGUGGACAGUGAGAAGGAAGAGUUGUCUAAGUUAAACCUUGUCUGUGAAGCAGAUGACAAUCACCAACAGAUUCUCGGCCACCAUAAUGAAAACCACAGUUUUGCCCAUGGCAGUCCCAGGGCCACAAGAAAUGUAGUUUGUGUAGAACCCUUAGAAGAAAAUUCUGACAUUUCAUAUUUCUCAUCAAGUUUGUCUGGUCCAGAAUCCAGAACAACAUCCUUAGAAACAUGUGGUUUUGAUGGCUUGCUGAAGGGAUCUGCUAAGAAGACAGACAAUUCCUGUUUUGAUGGGGGUGAUCAAAGCAAGAACUUGGCUACUAGAAGAGAAAAUGAACAGUUUUUGAACCUUAGGAGUGAAAGAGGGGAACUCUUUCUUGUUAAUGCCAGGCAACCAGAAGAGGAUGCUAAUGGUCAUUGUCCUGGUGAAAAAGAGACUGUUACCUCCCCAAAAGUGAAUAUUCAUGGUAACUGUUGCAUUCAAGACAGUAUCCGUACAGACAGCCCUGUUUCUUUAGUGCCCAAUUCUUUCACCGAAGCCACAGAAGUAACGUUAAAAAAAAAUGACUUAAAAAUCACUUUAGACACUCAAGGUAGCUUGACAAACCAUGAGGACCAUAGAGGAACUUCUACGGAUAUGAGCCAUCCAGGUAGACACUCUGAAGAGAACAGUUUUUCCUCCUUAAUGCAGAUUGAAGAGCCAGAACAGACAACCACUAUAGAGCCCAAUAUGGUAACUGAAAAGAUUUACAGUAAAGACUCUAACUCCUUAGUCUGCACCCAGAAAAAUCUGGAAGGCAACACCCAGUUAAAUGAAGCAUCAUGUAAUGAAUUUCUGAAUGAAAGAAAAUCCCUUGUGAGUUUAAUGCCAGAGGACCAGAUAAGUCCUAUGAAUGAGGUGUCAAAACCCAAGAAAGAUACUGCUCAGUUACCACUAUCCCUAGAAUUUGAUUACAGACCUGAGUCAGAGCAAGCUGUACAGACCUCACUGGACGAUAGUUCACAUUUAGAUGAGCAGAGCACUGCCUGUGAGAUGAAUGAACUUCCUCGUACCAAUGAACUGGUUAUAAACAAAAUAGAAAGUGAAUGUGCUUUAAAUCAAGUGCCCCUUAAUUCUCAAGACCAUGCAAAGUUGUCAGCUAACAAAGAGAUGCCUUUAGCAACAAGCGAGGAUUCCCAACAGAGCCAUCACCCUCCAUUAGAGGAUGGAGCAGAUGUCACUGCUGAUACCCAGACCAUUCCCAUCAAAACAAAAAUGAAAGACAUCUCUCCAUCAGGUGACAAAACCUGUGGUGCCUCUUCAAACAAUCCCACCUUAAACAUCAAACCAGGAAGCCUAGAAAGAAAAGACAAGAUGGCUGAUUCAGGAAUAGUACAUCUACAUUCCAGCCUUCUCUCAAGAAAGAAAGAAUCAGCAGUCUUGCCUCAAGAGGUCUCUGCUAUGGAAUGUCAAAGUGUUCAAUCUCAGGAUCUCUCUAGCUGUCAUUGUGUAAAUAAAAAUGCACGAGAAAAGAGCAUGUGUUCUGUUUGUGCUGCGUUUGAGUCCAGCAGAAUCAUCCUAGAAGUUGAAAACUCUUUAAUAACCAAGUGUGAAGAUGCAUUUCAGCACAGCAAUGACCACUCCCAAAGAAGAGAAGUCUGCACAGAAAGUAGCACCCAUAAAGUGGGUUACACAUCAGAAGAAAGUGAACUUGCUAGGGGAGAAACUAAAGGCAGCCUCCCAGGAAAUAAGAUCAGAAACGAUACACCAGUAGGCAUGUUAAGUAGUGAAGCUUCAGACAAAACCAUUCCCACCACCAGUCACACCCAGCCCCGUGAGGAAGGUCUGAAAGCAAAGGAAUGGGAUGUACCUAAAGAGACCGUGUUUUGCGAGUAUAACAUCUCUGACUGUUCCACACCAGAACUAAAUUUAUCUGCAAACAUUCCAAGCCCUGAAAAAUUUUUGGACCAGUCUCCUACUAUUAUGUUCUCCAGUUUCAAAACCAUGAGCCAAGCAGUUGAAACUCUUGAGCAAAAAGGAGAUAAAGUUCUUGACUGCCAGAAUAACCAAAACAGACCAGAUGAAUGCAGAAGUGAAGAUAAACCAACUAAGCAGACACUACAUGGUGAUGCGAGGGAGACUGUUACAGAACCUAACAGAGAGGUAAGCAACAAUCAAAAGGAUCUGUUAGUUGGUUCAGGCAGUAACAACCCUUUGUCUGGUGGUAGUUCAAAGAAAGGCAAUUUGAAAGGAGACGAUGGACAUAUUUCUGGUUGUGAGGAGUCCACAGAUGGCAUGGUAGACACUGUCUACACAGACUGUGGUAGUAAGUCUACAGAAAGCAUGUUGGACUUACAAACAUCUAGUACCCUUGAUGGUGGUGCAGGACAAGAUGGGCUGACGUUACAGGAUACCUCAGUGAGUACUCUGCCUCAGAGAGGAGAACUGAAUGCUGCAUUUAUCAGAAUGAUUGACCAGGACUCAGAUUUUCCAGAUGCUACUUCCUCUAAAGGGGAGCCUCUGGAAAUGAAAAAAUCAUGUGAAGAGAAAGUAUGCAGAUCAUUAAAAGAUUGUGAAGUGGAAGUGUGUCCAUGUCCAGACUCUUGUGCCAGUGAGAUAGAGUCUAUUGCAGAUCAUGAAUCAAAUACAAAAAUAUUGGAUGGUAUAAAUGUGUCCUUAGAUAAUACUUAUCAUGAAGAGCAAGUUAAAGAAGCAUCCCUGAGAGAAACACAAGGAAUGAUUGAAGGAUCAAGACUGGAAAUAAAUUCUGAGUUUGACAAGGAAAAUACCUUUGGAAUUUCCUCAGAAGAGUUACUGUCUUCUGGAUGCCCAGAUGAGAGCCCUGUUCCCAUAGGGAGCCUGAAAUCCAUUGAGACAAUGCCUUUGUAUCUGUUUUCUCAAGAAAAUUCAGAAAGUAAUGUUAAUAGUGGAGAAACUGAGCUGAAAAAACCUUUUAAACCAAAAGAUGGUAAAAUCCUUUGUGAAAACAUAGAGCACCGCACAGUCCUGCUUGAGACGAAGGAAGGAGCGCCAGGGGAUGGGAGUAAUUCUAGUGAAGGACUCAGAAUAGACAGCAGUAUGCAAAAUUUGCCUUUGACAAUGGAAACAGAAACUAAGUUGAAAGGAGAAGAAACUGAAGCACAUCAGAGGGGACCCCUGGGUUACUUAACUGUCAGUGAAGAGUCUGAGAAGAUGAUCACCAGAGAAGCUGGUAAUAAUAAAGGGAGAGAGAUUUCUCAGACCCACUCUAAAUCCCAGAGGAUGCUUGGUGAUACUGAAGAGCUACAAAGCCAGAGGGCUUUGGACUACAUGUUGCAGAAUGAAGAGGAAUGUCUACAUCAAAAAGACGCACACAGGAUAUUGGAACAAUGUGCAUCAUCUAAUGUGUUGUCAGAUGAAGUGCAAGAUAAGAACCAAACUAAGGAUUGCAAAGGUGAGUCCACCAUGAUGAAGGAAAUCACUCUAGCAAAGCUAGCCAAGGGCGGCACUGCUGCACAGUUUCAGAAGCUGGAAAAUCCAAAGGAGGAAAGCUUGUGCCAUCCAUUAAAAACAGACAUGGUGUCAUACACAGAUCCUUGCCUUCGUGGUGCCCCUCAGAAAGCACAAAACCCUAACUCUGCUGGAUGUGAUGAAAUACACGGUGCCUUUGGGAACACUUCAUAUCAGAAAAGAGUGCUUCCCUUAAAGAAGCAGCCCCAUCGAACAUGUAAGAAAGUUUCCUAUCAGGAGCAAGUCAACAUUGGGAAAAAAAUAAGUAAAAUCAGAAGUUCUGCCUUUUUAAAGAGUUCCUCUGAAACCAUCCCCACAAAAGCACACAGAUUUCUCAGUUCAUGUGCUAUGUCUGCACCCGCACAAUUGGAACCUGAAACAGUACCAACCAGGAGCUUAAUGAGCCACAUACCAAAGCAGAAGGUGACUCCGUGCCAUUCCUUGAGGAGCCUGAAUGUUAGGAAGCCUACCAAAGAAUCAGCCUUACUAAACAAGCUGUCCAUUCUUGCCUCCAGACUGGUCCCCGCCACAAAGACCCAGAAACUAAGAUACCGGCGAUGUUCCUCUGAACUUCUUCCAGUGGCUAAAAGCUACAAGCGGCUCAGAUACAAAAGGUUUCUGGAUGGAUUUUCAUACAAUACAAUGCAGCUGAAUCCAUAUUUGGCAGCUAGUGGAUGGGAUAAGAGACCUAACAGUAAGCCCUUGACACUUUAUUCGCUCGAAGCCAUCAAAAUGAGCUUCAUAGAUUUGAGCAACAAGGUGCCAUCACUGCUAUUUGGUUCUGAAAUUUUCCCGAUAUCUUUUCACAUGAAAUCGGGCUCUGAGUGCAUGACUGAGUCCCCAAGGACUUUUCCUGAGCACUGUGCUCCAGCCAGGCUCGCCUUAGGAGAGGCCCCUAGGUGCCUGUCUCAACCUCCCAAAUGGACCUUUUCUUUCUUCUUAUCCCACAGUUGCCCUGGGAUGGCCACAUUCAGGGAAGACACUGGCCCCCAUGGUCAGGCAUAUGCCCAGGCUCCUUCACAGCCUCCAGGUCCUCUCCAAGACUAUGGAGGCACCGCCAUAGUCCAGACCAGAGCAGGCUGCUCUGUCCUUGGCCUUCACACACUUCUAGCACUUUGUUCUCCUGGAUGUUACCGAAUCUGGACAAAAAAACGGAGCUUCUCCAGUCACAUGCCUACAAUGCAGAGGCUCUUCAUGACCCAGUUUACACAAGGCUUAAAGGGGUUAAGAUCUCCAGCCUCCAUAGCAGACAAGGUCUUCUGUUCUCUGCCCUACUCGGUGGGCCGAGUGCUAUCCAUUUGGAGCCAGCGUGGGCCUUCUACCUGCCCCUUUGAAAUCUCUACUUUUCAUUCCACUCACAGCAAGAGGCAGCCAACUCUGAGCACCACAAACAGCCACACCAUGUUACCGUAUGUGCCUCUUCCAGGCAUGGAAGCUACUUAUAACACCAAUGGCAGUCAGAUGAGACUAGAGCCUCCGUUCCCUGCCUUGGUACCAAAGUCUUGCUUAGUAACAGACUCAGCUGUCACCAAGCUCCUGCUUUCAGCGUCCGAGUUCCCGGUUCCUGGAUUUGAUGAGCUAGAUGAUGUGGCAGCAGCAUGCCCCCAUCCACAGAGCAGCCCUCCAGAACAGAAGGAGGCUGAGCCAGAGAAGAGGCCAAAGAAAGUCUCACAGAUUCGUAUCCGGAAAACCAUUCCUAAACCAGACCCUAAUCUUACCCCCAUGGGCCUUCCUCGACCCAAAAGCAAAGGAAUGAAAAGUGCUGAUUUACAUAGGUUCUGUUACCAGGCAUUGAAGGAGCAAGUAUCUCAUUGUAUGGGCAGUACACCAAAAAGAUCUGACCAAUUAAAGAAAAAGGAGUUUAGUUUAGAAGAAAUAUAUACCAACAAGAAUUAUAAGUCUCCUCCUGCAAACAGGUGUUUGGAGACCAUCUUUGAGGAACCUAAGGAACGAAAUGGUACGCUAAUCUCAAUCAGCCAACAGAAGAGAAAACGAGUUCUAGAAUUUCAGGAUUUUACAGUCCCACGAAAGAGGAGAGCUCGUGGUAAAGUCAAGGUGGCAGGCAGCUUUACCAGGGCCCAGAAAGCAGCUCUGCAGAGUCGAGAGCUGGAUGCUCUGUUGAUACAGAAACUAAUGGAAUUGGAGACCUUUUUUGCCAAGGAAGAGGAGGAGCAGGAGCGAUCAUCUGGUUGUUGAGAAGCAGUUUGGUUUAGGGGUCUCAAUUUUAGAUUUUCCAGGCUCCUUGGAAGAAGUUGCCUAAUUUUGCCCUACCGCCCAAACUACUUAAAAUGCAGUCCGUGGAUUUUACCUAUUUUAAGGUGCAACCUUUUUAGGAAAUGGUGAAGGAGGGUCCUCUACUUCUCCUGCUGAGUAUUGAACCUCAGGAAUGUUCCCUUUCUCCUGGAAAUGGUCCUGAAAACCAUCUGGCCCCCUCCUCCUCACACUCGCCAUCCACAGGAGGAGGACUCAGCAUACCUUCAGUAACACUAGAAUUCCAAGGACUCAUAGCAUUUGCACGUCCGUGUGAAAGUUCUGCGUUGUUUACGGUGGUGCUAGACCAAGAUUAUUUAGAGACGUGGCCUAGGGAGGGGGACCUGGCGUCCUGUUCUUUGUGGUCUCACCAGCUCAUUUCAGUAGUUGAGGAAAGAUGAGCUGUUGUGUUUCCUAAUCCUUUUGAGUCUGUCUGCCCAGAAUCCUGUGUGUGAGUGUGCGUGGGUGUGGGUGUGGGUGUGGGUGUGGGUGUGGGUGUGGUUGUGUGGGUGGGUGUGGCUUUUCCCCAUCAUUUUCUCCCCUCUGUGACUAUGGGUCACUAGUGCCAGAGGAGCCCGUCCAGGCCCCAUUCAAAGUAAGUUGCACUUUUUAAUGUUGUGGUGUUAUUUUCAUUUGUUUUUAUUUCUUUCUUUUCUUUUUUUUUUUUUUUUUUUUUUUUUGUAUUAUUGCUGCAUGUUUGGAGCCUUUAAAUGUGAUUUUAAAACAAAAUUUUAAGACAUCAAGGAGAAAGACAAUAAUGUCUUCAGAAUAUAUGACAGGCAUUUGACCCAGUGUAUCAGUGCAUGGUAUGGGACAAUGGUGAGACAUUUUCCCAUUAUGUGUUUCAAGCAGUCCCUUCCCCGUUUCCACCUUCCAGUGUAACUCAUUAGGAGGAGUACUUUUUCAUCUGUGUUCUCAUUCUUGCCCACUAAGUAGAUGUGUUUAUUUUAAUGAUAGAAGUAAGAGCAAGUUUUCCUCCCAAUCAUUUAAAAAAAUGUGAAGGUUGGGUGUGGUCUUAAUGGGUUUUAUCUGAAGUGGUAGUCUAUAACAAAGUUGGGUACGGCAGCUCAGGUGGUGAUAAAAGGCCGACCCAGAGUGUUUGCAGCUGUCAGAGCAACUUGCUCCAAGAGUGGGGAGUGAGAUGGCACGUGGUUCAGACCCGGUGAUGCAUCCUUGCAGGGGGAUCGUGAAAUUCCACGGCCAGCCCUCUCUGAGAACACCAUCGUACUCUGGGCUCCUAUGUCAAACCUACUGGAAAUUUUGCAGAGUGCCAGAGUUGGCAGUUCCUUCAUCUGUGCCUGCUUGAGUCUGUGGGCAGAAGGAUGCUGUGUGGGUCGGCCAGGCCCAGAGGUGUCAUUCGUUUUCCACUUAACUCCUAUGUGCCCUUGCCCUGCUUCCCCCCCCCCCCCCCCCCCGCCGCCACCAUCCCCUGUGUUUUAUCUUUCUUUCUCUCUUGCUUUCAUUACAAAAGUUCAGAGAAUUAACAUUCCUUGGCUGGUGAGUGGGAUGCUACACCCAGCCUCAGGACACUGGUCACCACUUCCCAUGCUCCUACGAGCCACUGCUAGGAAGCAGCCACCCAAGGAGACUGUCAGAGCUCCAGAGAUAUUUUCAAAGUCAGUCUAUUAGAGAAGAGUGAGUGGUGCCGUCCUGGUGUGUCUCCUAGGGUUCCUUUGUCUCCCCAUUUGUGAGUGGGUGGGAAGAUGGGGUGGGGGCAGGGGGUCUCUAUGUGCCUUUCCUUUGCAGGUUGACAGUCUGUGCCACACUGGAGCAGAAGAACUGACAUGAUCAAGAAAAUAAAAGUGCCACAUCUGUCUUCUAGGCCCACUGCCUCAGACAUAGCAUUUAGUAAGUGAAAUACACAUCUGGUAACCCAUAGAGGCUUCUAAGGCCAUAGCCAAAUAGCAUUGAAGAGAGCCGCAUUUCCACACUGGCUUGGAAUGUGAACCAGAUUCCGCUGUUCUACAUCUGCUUUGCCCAGACUGUAUAGACACAACCUGUGUUUCACCUCAGUACCUCUCCCAUCCUGGGACAGGGUCCUUAGACACUAAAUGCUUUUCUCUGUCUUUUUGCCUAAGGGAGUGGGGAUUAGUAUUCCAUUUUACCCUCUGACAAACAUUUUUAGGGAGUGCUGCUGGACAGCUUGCAAACUCCCAGCAACUCAGCAGAGCCCUGUUUGCCAGGUCCGUUGCUGGUGUAGACGAGUCAGCAAUGCGGCAACAACCCAUGUCAUCCAGCAGACUGAAGUUGAACGGGCACAGCUGUGGCAUCACCACCAUUACAGAGAUAUAAUUUCAAGUUUGCCCUUAUACAUAGGCACGGUAUUUGCAAGAGCCAGGAAGAAUGAUUUGGAACAUUGGAGGCAUGGAGUAAGUGGAGGCUUGGGCUCCCUCCUUGUCCUGGCAAUGUGGAAGAGAAGCAGCUCUGAGGCAUCUCUGCCUAUCGUUGAAAUUCUUGGCCUGCCCUCUGGCUCGGGGCCUUCCCCUGCUCCAAAGUUAAAAAGGGGCCCCCAUUGCAAACUUGAAAUUGCUUGCCUAAAACCGAUACAUCAAGUUCUAGCUGUGCUCAGUCACACCUGUCUUUGCAUCUGUUUUCACCAUUGGCCUGGCCAGCUGCAAGGCUAGAUCUGUGGUCCUCGGAGCCUGUGGAACCUGCCCACGAUUGGGGGUGGGGGGGGGGGCGUUAGUCGGCUGCUGGCACACCACUUGCCCAGAGCUACAGGAGGUCUCUUUCUGGGGUGGGGGUUGGUAGUUUCUGAGUAUGGGGACUUCCCACCCCAAAUGGUGGGAAGUUACAGUUAACUAUGAUUUACUCAACUAUAAUUCAACUCCAGAGGCUUAGUGCUUUUAAUAUGGGAAAGAGAGGAGAAAUCUCAGGUCCAAUCAGGGUUCUGCCUAUCAGCAUUUCACUGAAACUUCAACUAUGUUUUUUUUUUUUUUCCAUCUUUCAGUUAUAGCUAUAUUUGCCCCCAUCUGCUUCCUGCCCCCUUUCUCCUCUUUUGGUCACCUUUCCAGUUUCAUUUCUUCAUUAGUUUAAAUGUACCUCAUCACACCUAUUAAAACAGAUUAUGUCCACUUUUUCUUACUGACCUUACUCUAAGAGCUACAGCUGAGGGAGGUACAGUGGAAAGACAUGUAGCAUUUGCCUUACGUGGAGCCUGAAGAGCUUAGAAACUCAUGCUGUGAAUCCCAAAACUCAGCGCUCCUUUAAGAGCUGUGAAAAUCAUGACAUUUUGUCACAGUUUUGCCUGAAAGGGUCUUUUGCGCGGGUGCCAGAGCCAACCUGAGGUAAAUUCCAGAUCCUACCAUCUGGGCACGAUCCCUCCCCCCGCAGGGCUCACUCCCUGCCCACCAGACCAAGAGCAGCAUAGGGCGUGCAGUACUGGGGCGGCAGCACCAAGGCUCUGGUGCAGCCUGAUGGAAAGCACAGCCGGCACUUGGUCCCCAGGCUGGGAUUCCAUCUCCUAAUACCACGUACAUGGAGAUCCGUGAAAGACCAACUUUUAGUCAGUGAUGCUUUUCUCCCAUUACCUGAGGGAGAAGUAUGCAGUUGGUGCUUUCUUUUAAUUCCCUUGUUUUGUUUUUGUUUUGUUUUAGAAGCUUUUCCCCUGGUAUCAUGGAAAGGACCUCUUAAGCACCACAUUGUUGGGUGGCUGUAUCCAAAGUCUAGAUAAUUGGCCAGAGGUAGGGAGUAGCCUUUCCUGGAUUGAUGCAAAAGAAGGGCUCCUUACCACAACUGCACUUCUUGAUACAAAAAGCUGGCUGCAGAGGAAGAGUUAAUUUUACAAAAAGUUUGAUAUCAUCUAGCCACAAAUUGAGCAGCAGACGCUAAUUUGAUUAUAAAGUAAGGGUCCCCAUAUAGCCCACCAUCUAGCACAGCAUAUUCUCAGAUUUGAUGCUUAUUCAUUGUGUGUCUUCACGAGCCCCUCCCUGGUGCUGAGUUGGAUUUGAAUUGUUGGUGAGAGGCCUCAGCAUCUCCUUGGGCUGGUCUGGGCCAGUAAAUAGCUGCCUGAAGUGUUUAUAUAUUAUCAUGGUCAAUAUAGUUCAGUGAAAUUUGUACAUUUUUGGUAACAUUGGCAUACAUGAUGCCCCUGCAGUUCUUUUUCUGUUUGGUAGUUUGUGACUCUAAAUUCCCACUGUUAUGUGUGUUAAUUUAUGAAAAUAAAUUUUUUUUGGGAAAACCUUUCAAA